AUGUCCUACUCUGCUGAGCGUGAGAUGAGGCGACCUCGCCAAGCAUGCCUGAAUUGCAGGCGAAAAAAGACUCGCUGUCAAGGGGAGCGCCCAGCUUGCGCACUCUGUGUCCGGUUGGGCCAGACCUGUGAAUAUCCGUCACAUUCAUCAGUGCCAUCAGCGGCACCUCGGCGUUUCUCAUCUGCGGCCGUCAAUGACGAGCUUCUUAUGCGCGUGGCCAAACUCGAGUCGGACCUUCGCGCCGCACAACAAGGACAAAUUGGCCGCAACAACGACGCUCAGGCAAUCGGAAGUGAUCUGGAGAAGCAUACCUCACCAUCAUCACUGUCUCCUCCGGGGCAGCCAGCUCCUGUUUGGUCAAAUUCACCCAGCGUGGUGAUUGAAAACCCAGCCAAAUGUAGCACCAAUAACAACAACAGCAACAAGUUCUCUCAACUACCUCCAGUUCCGGUACUCAAGUCUCUGGCUGAUGUGUACUUCUCCAACUGCCAUAAUCAGCCCUACUGCUUCUUUCAUGAAAACAAUUUUCGUCGGAGCCUCAUCGCUGGUGAUUUGCCACAAUAUCUCCUCCUCGCAUUCGCCGCCACAGCAGCACGUUAUAGCUCCCACGACUACUUCCGCGGAUCCCAACUAGAAGCUGUUGAGAGCCUCGCUCGGGCGGCAUGGAUUAUCAUACUUGACCAAGUAUUCGCCACGGAGCAUAGCCCAGAGUCCGUGGCCGCAGCGCAAGCAACUAGUAUGCUCGCCAUAAUCGACUUUACUGCUGGCCGACACCGCUUAGGCUGGGUCAAAAUCGGCCUUGCCAUACGCCUCGUUCAAAGCCUCAACCUCAACAAAGAGCCAGAUGCGUCACUCCCGCCGUGGCAGCAAGAAGAACAUCGACGGGUCUUUUGGUCUGUUUACCUGCUGGACAAGUUUGUUUCCUGUGGGAGAUCCCAUCCACCUGCCAUUUUAGACGCCGAUUGCACCCUUGGCCUGCCUUGUAGCGAAGAGGCUUUCCGCAUGGAGACGCCGACAAAGAUGCCUACCAUGGCGCUCUUCGAGGAUCUGCCUAGCAACAUACCCGCUCUGAUGCAGCUCGAUGACUUUGCCAUUCUGGUCCUCAUGUGCUCUACCUUGAGUCUCACCGUUAGAGACACGUUCCAGAAAAGCCUGUCCACCAUACCGCCAUGGGACCACCGAAGCAAUUUUUCCCAGAUUAGUAGCAUGAUGAUGACAUUCGAAAGCAUUCACCUUGCGGGAUCUGAUGAUUUAGGUGCAUAUGUUUCGAAUCGAUUCGGCACCUACGAAGGCUUCGAUCGACAACGAGUCGGCCACUUUAUCUGGGCGAGGGCAGUGUACCACCUGUGUGGGUGUUUGCUAUACCAUCCUGUCAACCUUCGCAGAUAUCGAAAGGCUCACUGCCCCUACUUCCCGACUACAUUUGCCCGAGAGUUACUGGAUCGCUGUCGAGAGCAUGCGAUUCAGCUGACGAAUAUUCUAGAAACGCUGCGGGCUGUCGGUUGUUGUGCCCGCGGUAGCUUUCUGGGUUAUGUCGGAACAUGCGCCGUAUCCGUCCACCUUAUAUUCGCCCUCUCGCCCAAUCCGCAGAUUGCGACGCAAGCCAAACUCUGCUCAGACAUGUGCCUCGGCUUCCUUGAACAUUUGCCAGUGCGAUGGCCGAACCAUGGCUUGAUGGCAGCAUCAUUAAAGUCAUUCAGUAUAGAUGCCAAGUCGGCACAUCUUCUCAUGGACCCCUCACCGACUGCCGUAGAAUCAGAAAUCGACUCGGCACAAAUUGAGCAGCUCUGGGACAUCAUAGACUAUGGGUGGCUGACUGACCGAACACGCCAUAGCCAAGCGGCGUUAUCGCCAUUUGCUUCAGGGUUGAGUGCGCAAAUUCCUGACUGGACAACGUUUUUAGAUAGUCACAUGGGCGAGAAUGAGGUGCCGUCGUUCUACAUGACGCAGGCAGAUUUGACGAGGAAUACCGAGACCUAG